UGAUCUCUUUUUCCGGGAUUCCCAGCAGUCACGCCCACCGUUUUACUGUCCGGCAGUUGUCUUCAUGCUCUAUCUUGUGCAUAAGUUUCCAGCACUGUGACACCAGUGUUAUUCACGAGCACAACCGCCUGAGCUGCUGAUCCUCACAGGGAAGAGUAUUGAGUUUACAUCAUGUCUAGGAAAGGAGGAAACCACGGGUCGGAGUUUGAGGUGGAGGCGUCCAUCAUCCGGAUCCCGCCCCAUCACUACAUCCACGUGCUGGACCAGAACACCAACAUCGCCCGGGUGGAGAUCGGCCCGCUCACCUACAUCCGCCAGGACAACGAAAGGGUGCUCUUCUUACCGGUUCGCAUGAUCAUGGUGCCGCCGCGUCACUACUGCGUGGUCCUCAACCCGGUGGCCCGCGAUGACGACAAGCAGGUUCUCUUCGACCAGGCGGGUCAGGCCAAACUUCGCCACGCCGACCUGGAGAUCCGUCUGACCCAGGACCCGUUCCCCCUGUACCCCGGAGAGGAGAUCCAGCAGGACGUGACCCCGCUGCAGAUCGUGUAUCCGGACACGGCGCUGCGUCUGCAGGCUCUGCUGGACUUCGAGGUGGACGGAGGAGAGAAGAGGGUGGCUGGAGACGAGUGGCUGUUUGAAGGGCCGGGAACCUACAUCCCCAGGAAGGAGGUGGCCGUGCUGGAGACCAUCAAGGCCACAGUGAUCAGAGAGAACCAGGCCAUCAGGCUGAGAGCUCGCAAGGAAGGAGUGGACAGAGGCGGAGUCCGCAGGGUCACAGGUGAGGAGUGGCUGGUCAGUAAGGUGGGAGCGUACCUUCCAGGUGCCCAUGAAGAAGUCAUCGACAUUGUGAACGCCUUCAUCCUGACUGACAAGAAAGCGCUUCAUGUUAGAGCCCUGCGGCCUUUCAAGGACGCCGGCGGGCGGGAACGCCGUACGGGGGAGGAGUGGCUGGUCACCAUGGCCGACAGGGAGGCUCACAUCCCUUCUGUGUCGGAGGAGGUGGUCGGCGUGGUGGAGGUGACCACCCUGAGCAGCAGGCAGUACUGUGUGAUCCUGGACCCGGUCGGAUCCGACGGGAAACCUCAGCUGGGACAGAAGAGGGUGGUGAAGGGUGAGCGCUCAUUUUUCCUGCAGCCGGGUGAGCGCCUUGAACAGGGCAUCCAGGACGUGUACGUGCUGUCGGAGGAGGAGGGUCUGGUGCUGAGAGCUGUGGAGGCCUUCAACGACAUCGAGGAGCGUGAGGAGGAGGAAGAAGAAGAGGAGGAGGGGAUGCAGGAGAGGGCGAAGCGCUCGCGGAGGAGCGGCGUCCUCCGUCGCCCCGGAGACCGCUGGAUGCUGCGGGGUCCCAUCGAGUACGUCCCCCCCGCCGCUGUGGAGGUGAUGCUGAGACGACAGGCCAUCCCGCUGGACGAGAACGAGGGCAUCUACGUCCGGGACAUCAAAACGGGAAAGGUGCGAGCAGUGAUCGGUCACACCUACAUGCUGACCCAGGAUGAGGAGCUGUGGCAGAAGGAGCUUCCAGCUAACGUCGAGGCCCUGCUGGCUUCUCCUCUGGACCCGCUGGCAAACCGCUCGGACCGGUUCGGCGCCGGCGAUAACGGGCCGAGGGACAAGACCAAAGUGGUCUCCUACAGGGUGCCCCACAACGCUGCCGUCCAGGUCUACGACUACAGAGAGAAGAAGGCCAGGGUGGUGUUCGGACCAGAGAUGGUGAUGUUGGGACCGGACGAGCAGUUCACCAUGCUGUCGCUGUCCGGAGACAAACCAAAGAGGGCCAACGUCAUCAAGGCCGUCUGCCUCCUGCUGGGGCCCGACUUCUGCACCGACAUCAUCGUCAUCGAGACGGCCGACCACGCCCGACUGCAGCUGCAGCUCUCCUACAACUGGCACUUUGAUCUAAAGACUCCAGCGGACUCUGCUGAGGCAGCAGCUCUGUUCUCAGUUCCUGACUUUGUCGGAGACGCCUGUAAAGCCAUCGCUUCCCGGAUCAGAGGAGCCGUCGCCUCCGUGCAGUUUGACGAUUUCCACAAGAACUCGAACAGGAUCAUCUGCUCGGCUGUGUUUGGUUUCGAUGAGAAGCUGGCGGUUCGUCCCAGCCUUCGCUUCCACCAGAACAACCUGGUGAUCAGCAGUGUGGACAUCCAGUCUGUGGAGCCCGUGGACCAGAGGACACGAGACGCUCUGCAGAAGAGCGUCCAGCUCGCCAUCGAGAUCACCACCAACUCCCAGGAGGCCGCCGCACGGCACGAGGCAGAGCGUCUGGAGCAGGAGGCUCGGGGCAAGCUGGAGAGGCAGAGGAUCACCGACCAGGCCGAGGCUGAGAAGGCCAGGAAGGAUCUGCUGGAGCUGGAGGCGCUCAGUGCUGCGGUGGAGAGUACAGGAGCGGCCAAGGCUGAAGCUCAGUCCCGGGCGGAGGCGGCUCGUAUUCAGGGAGAGGCGGCGGUGAACGAGGCCAAACUGAAGGCUGAAGCUCAGAGGAUCGAGGCGGAGGCGGAGCUUCAGCGGCUGGCGAAGGCUCGUGAGCAGGAGCUGAACUAUAAGAAGGAGAUGGACGCUCUGGAGGUGGAUAAGCAGAAGCGUCUGGCUCAGAUCGAGAGCGACCGCUUCAGUCAGCUGGUGCAGAGUCUGGGCAGCGACACGCUGAAGGAGAUCGCCAGAGCCGGACCCGAGCUGCAGGUGAAAAUGCUUCAGGCUCUGGGGCUGAAGUCCACCCUCAUCACAGACGGGUCGUCCCCCAUCAACCUGUUCACCACGGCCAACGGCCUGCUGGGGGCGCUGCCGGGCCAGGGUCAGGGCCAGGGCCACUGAGGAAGAAGACAAAAACGGAGAAGAAGAAGAAGAAGAGGGGGGGGGGAAAUGUCCAAAAGUAAACCUCAACUGAAGCUCAAUUUUCUGACUUUACAGACACUUUAGUCACAAGACGUGUGGUUAAAGCAAGAUAACGUGCCUUUUGCAUACAUGUAUGUUCGUGCUGAAACUAAAAUACCUCCUUUUACUUCACAUCUCUGCACCUUUCCACAUAACAGCACUAUGAUGCAGCUGAUCCCGUCUGUUUUCUGUGUUCAGUAAGCUACGAGUCUUGUUUUUGCUGACCUCGGUGGUGGAAGUUGUCACCACGCUUCAGUGAUUCACACUGUACAGGUGAAACUCGGUCAGUGCAACACAGUUUAUCCGCCUUGUGUUACGGUGGUCCUUCAGGGUGAAUGUUGGAAUUUGAGCUUUUCAAAGAGAAUCAGAGGUUUACUUUUGGACAGAAGAUGCUGUGUCGCGGUGAAAACAAAACAAAAAAAUACAACUCUCUGCUCCAAGUGAAGAAGAAUCGUGCCUACAAGCAACUUUGAUGGUUUGUUUAGUAGUAUAACCUGACAGCCAAAGAUUUGUCUGCUUUGCACUAUGUCCACAAGAUAUAUAGAUCUGAGUGAACAGUUGAUGCUGAUUUUAACAAAGGCGAUAUCAAACUUUAAUGUUUCUGUGCUGUUGUUUCUACAUAAAGAACUGUGUGAAGCCAUUAAAGUGCUGCUGCUGUCCACG